AUGCCUAAUAUUGAACAAUGCUCAAAAAAGCCUAGAAAAUGCUUAGAUUUAGAAGAAAAAGAAAAGGAAGACUUAGAGAAUAAGGAAAAAUUGAAUUGUUGGAAUGAUAAUAAGCCAUUUAGUGAUAGAUAUUAUGAAUUAAGGAAAUUUCGUAAAUCUUUACCAGCAUGGUCAGAACGUAAGGCAUUUUGUAAAUUAUUGAAGAAAAACCAAGUAGUAAUUUUGGUUGGUGAUACAGGAAGUGGUAAGACGACACAAUGUCCACAGUUUAUCUUAAAGUCAGGUAUCCACAACAAUCUGAAAAUUGCUUGUACUCAGCCAAGGCGAAUUGCUGCUAUUAGUAUUGCUGGACGUGUAGCUGAAGAGAUGGAUGUUUGUCUUGGGGAGGUAGUUGGUUAUACUAUUCGGUUUGAAGAUAAAACAAGUAAUAAGACUUUAUUAAAAUAUGUAACAGAUGGUAUGCUAUUAAGAGAGGCAAUAUAUGAUCGAAAUUUAUCUCAAUAUAGUGUUAUUAUUCUAGACGAGGCACAUGAAAGAACUUUAUCAACAGAUAUUUUGAUGGGAUUCCUUAAGGAGUUAAUAAAAAAGAGAAACUCUGAAUCAUCCUAUCCUUUAAAGUUGGUUAUUAUGAGUGCAACUUUAGAAUCUACAAAAUUUAAAAAUUAUUUUUUAGAUCCUCCUAUAUUUUCAAUCCCAGGUAGGAUGUUUCCUGUAGACAUAAUAUAUAAUUCAGAGGCUGCAGAUAAUUAUUUAGAUGCAUCUAUAGAGAAAGUUAUUGAAAUACAUACUAAAGAGGCCCCAGGGGAUAUUUUACUUUUUCUAACUGGUGAAGAUGAAAUAGAACAAGCAAAAAGGGGUCUUGAGCAAUUAGCUAAGCCUUUGGAAAAUCGUUUUGGACCACUAAUGAUAGUUCCACUAUAUUCUUCUCUUCCUCCAAUUCAUCAGCAACUAAUAUUUUCACCACCUCCUGGUCCUUUAUAUGCAGGUGGUCCUCUAGGCAGGAAGGUUGUAAUAAGUACUAAUAUAGCCGAAACAAGUAUAACAAUAGAUGGAAUUGUAUAUGUAAUAGAUCCAGGAUUUUCUAAGCAAAAAGUAUAUAAUCCAAGGACUCAAGUUGACUCUUUAUUAGUUUCACCUAUUUCAAGAUCCUCUGCAAAACAAAGAGCUGGAAGAGCAGGUAGAACGAAGUCUGGGAAAUGUUUCAGAUUAUAUACAAAGAGUGCAUUUGAGAAAGAUUUAAUUGAACAGACCUAUCCAGAAAUCCUAAGAAGCAAUUUGAGCCACAUUGUACUAACUUUAAAGUGUUUGGGGGUGGACGAUUUAGUUCACUUUGAUUUCAUGGAUCCUCCUGCCCCAGAGACUCUAAUGAGGGCUUUAGAGCAGCUUUAUUAUUUGGAAGCAUUGGAUGAUGAAGGAGAGUUAACUAAUUUAGGAAAGAUGAUGUCAGAAUUCCCAGUAGAUCCACAAUUAGCACGGAUGCUUCUUAAGUCUAGUGAACAUAAAUGUGUUAGUGAGAUAUUGACUAUUACUGCAGUAUUAUCUGUUUCAAAUGUAUUCUACAGACCUCGUGAUAAAUUAAGAGAGGCAGACGAAGCAAAGAACCGUUUUAUCCAUGUAGAUGGUGAUCAUCUAACUUUAUUGAAUGUAUUUAAUGCCUAUAAGGAGGCUCAGUUAAAAUCUAAAGAGAAGUACUUUUGUCAAGAUAAUUAUUUGAAUAUAAGAGCCCUUCAAUCAGCUGAUAAUGUAAGAUUACAACUUCAAAGAACUUUGGAAAAACAUCACUUAAAUGUCUUAUACAAUAAUUCAGAUGAAACAUAUUCCAAUAUUAGAUUUGCUUUAACUCAAGGAUUCUUUAUGCAAGUAGCCUUAUUGCAACGCUCAGGGCACUACUUAACAGUCAGAGAUCACCAAGUAGUUGUCUUACAUCCUAGUUGUGUUCUAGAAACUAGACCUGAGUGGGUUAUUUAUCAUGAGUUCGUCUUAACAUCUCGUAAUUACAUCCGAACUGUAACCAAGAUCAAAGGAGAAUGGUUACUAGAUAUAGCUGGAAAUUAUUAUGAUCCUGCAGAAUUCCCAGAUUCCGAAGCUAAGAAAAAACUCAGUAGUCUUAUUUCUAAUAGAAAAAGAUACUCAUAG